AGUACCUGCUUGACAACAAAGGACAAAAACAACAACAAAAACUGAUAAACAUAUUAUUUACAGCUGCAAUUGUUCGGUUUGCAGAUAUCGCUAAUCGCUUUGGGUGGAACCCAGUUAUUACCCCAGUUACUACUCUUAUUCCAAACGUGACGCUUCAACAUGGCUGCUUUUCAGAUGGGAUCGGGGUACGCAGUGCCUAUGACAUUGUUUAAGAACAAUAGAGAUCGCGUUUGCAAAGCUUUGUUGCAGCAACUUCUGAAGAGCCUCAAGUUUGAUUCGGGCAACCUGCUCGUUCUGCUGGAGGGUGGGAAGGAUCAGAGCUUAUACAACACCGACGUGGACUAUGUGUUUCGCCAGGAGUCAUAUUUCCAGUAUCUGUUCGGAGCCAAGGAGCCCGGCUGCUAUGGCAUCCUUACAAUCGACGUACGGACGGGGGGCGUCGCCAGCAUUCUGUUUGUGCCCCGCCUGCCCGAUGAGUACAGCACUUGGAUGGGCGAUCUGCUUGCACCAGCUGAAUUUAAGGCCAUGUACGAAGUGGAUGAGGUCUACUAUCUGGAUGAACUCACGGACUAUCUGGAGAGGGCAGCACCCAAGCUGAUACUCACGCUCAGUGGCACCAACAGCGAUAGCGGCCUCACAAUGCAACCGCCCGAGUUCGAUGGCAAGGAAAAGUAUGUAACCGACUGCGACCUACUCUAUCCCAUAUUGUCCGAAUGCCGUGUCAUCAAGUCUGCCGAAGAGAUCGAAGUUCUGCGGUAUGUGGCAAAGGUCUCGUCGGAUGCCCACAUCAGAGUCAUGAAGUUUAUACGCCCUGGAAAGAUGGAGUUUGAGGGGGAAUCGCUGUUCCUGCACCACUCGUAUUCCGUAGGCGGCUGCCGUCAUGCCUCCUAUACAUGCAUCUGCGGCAGCGGCACCAACUCGUCUAUUCUGCAUUAUGGCCAUGCCGGAGCACCCAACAACCGGCCCAUUCAGGAUGGCGAAAUGUGCUUGUUCGACAUGGGGGCCAACUACUGCGGAUAUGCGGCAGACAUUACCUGCUCUUUCCCAGCCAACGGCAAGUUCACGGAUGACCAGAAGUUCAUUUACAACGCUGUGCUGGAUGCACGCAACGCGGUGUCUGAGACAGCACGCGAUGGCGUAUCGUGGGUGGACAUGCACAAGCUGGCGGGCAAGGUAUUGCUGCAACGUCUCAAGGAGGGUGGCAUGCUUCAAGGCGAUGUCGAUGAAAUGCUCGAAGCUGGACUCUCCGCUGUCUUUCAGCCGCACGGCCUGGGCCACUUGAUUGGUCUGGAUGUGCACGAUGUGGGCGGCUAUUUGGCCACUGAGCCCAAGCGUCCCAACGAGCCGUGGCUGAGCAAGUUGCGCUUCGCCCGUGUUCUCAGGGCUGGAAUGUACGUGACCAUUGAGCCGGGCUGCUACUUCAUCAAGCGUUUGAUGGAUGGCGCUCUGGCCAAUCCCGAACUGAGUAAAUUCAUCAAUGUGGAAGUCUUCAAUCGAUUCCGCAACUUUGGCGGCGUCCGCAUCGAGGAUGAUGUCCUCAUCACCCAGAAUGGUAUCGAGAAUUUUGCAAUUGUGCCACGGACCAUUGAGGAAAUCGAGGCAACCAUGAGCUCCAAAUAGCCAAAUGAAGGCUGGAGGGCUAUCUAUCAGUUGAACUAAUGCACACAGUAUAAUAUCUAUAUUGAAUAAUGUCAUAAUCAAAUUAUGGUUAACCAAUAAAUACAUUUUUUUGUGGGAUAUGAUCGAUAAAA